AAAUAGAGUCACGCUUUUCUUUUCUUUUCUUUUCUUUCUUUCUUUCUUUCUUUUUUUUUUUUUUUUUGUGAAUAGCAUCAAGUUGAAAAGGCAUAAAUAGCUAAACGGUGGAAGGUCUAAGCUGGACUUCACUGGGCGGUUCGUAGAUCGUUGUCAUUCACUCAUUUGAGUGCAUUCUAUUUGGAAACGAACAUUCCUGGCACGAAGAAGAAGAUUUUUCAUUCUGUAGUCAUUGCUGUUUGAUUCUCUAGAUAGGUGGCGUCGUGCAGACAGGAACUCUGGAGACUUUGCAUUAAGCUAUCAACAUGGCGGUGGAAAGGUCUGGAAUUGCCGAAGAUGUUACUGAAUUGGUUGGCAAAACCCCAUUAGUAUAUCUUAAUAAAGUGGUGGAUGGCUGUGCGGGCCGGGUUGCUGCCAAACUAGAAUUGAUGGAGCCAUGCUCUAGUGUUAAAGACAGGAUCGGCUAUAGCAUGAUUGUUGAUGCAGAGGAAAAAGGUCUUAUCACACCCGGAAAGAGUGUCCUCAUUGAACCAACAAGUGGUAAUACUGGCAUUGGAUUAGCCUUCAUGGCAGCAGCAAAAGGUUACAGGCUUAUUAUUGUAAUGCCUGCUUCAAUGACUCUUGAAAGAAGAAUCGUUCUGAAAGGUUUAGGGGCUGAGUUGGUACUGACAGACCCUGCAAAGGGAAUAAAAGGUGCAUUUCAGAAAACUGAAGAAAUAUUGGCGAAGACACCUAAUGCCUACAUACUUCAACAGUUUGAAAAUCCUGCCAAUCCCAAGAUACAUUAUGAAACCACUGGCCCAGAGAUUUGGAAAGGCACUGGGGGGAAAAUUGAUGCACUUGUAGCAGGGAUAGGUACUGGUGGUACAAUAACAGGUGCUGGGAAAUUUCUUAAAGAACAAAAUCCCAAUAUUAAGGUGUAUGGUGUUGAACCUGUUGAAAGUCCCGUGCUUUCUGGUGGACAGCCUGGUACUCACAAAAUUCAAGGGAUUGGUGCUGGUUUUAUACCUGCGGUGCUGGAUGUCAGUCUUCUCGAUGAAGUUGUUCAAGUAUCAAGCGAUGAAGCUAUUGAUACAGCAAAGCUUGUUGCACUGAAAGAAGGCCUAUUUGUGGGAAUAUCAUCUGGAGCUGCAGCAGCUGCUGCAAUUAAGAUCGCAAAAAGACCAGAAAAUGCUGGAAAGCUUAUUGUAGUGAUUUUUCCAAGCUGCGGUGAGAGAUACCUGUCGUCGGUGUUGUUUGAAUCGAUCAGAGAGGAAGCUGAAAGCAUGACUUAUGAGCCAUAAAACCUCCUGAUUUGAAGGCUUUGAAGCUCCUCAAGUUCCGAUGUUGGUGCAAAGCUAGUGGGAUAGUGUCUUUUCUAAUAUGGUUGUGAUUCUGAAAUUCUGAAAUAAAAAUUCGUAGAAACACUGUAGCCCAUCGCCCCAAAACUUUUAGGGUCACAAUUUGAUUGUCCCAGACAGUUUGAGCCUGUUUGAAUGAUGUUGGUUGUAUAAAUUUAUAAUUUCAUUUGGUUCUAAAAGCCACAAAAGAAAUGUGGCAAAAAAAAAAAAAUAAA